ACAAUAGGCCAGCGGCUCCGGCUCGCGGAGCUCAGCCAACGCUCCAGGUAUUGCGCUCGGGCUUGAGACCAGAACUGUUUGGAUUUAACAGUCUGGACAACCGGAGUCUGAGGGUCCGGUGACCAGUCUGCGGUCUAGCAUAAAGGCGGGGUCCGGAAGAAGGGGCGGGGCGUAGGAGAAGCCUCCCGGCCCGCCCCGCAAUGUGGCCCGUGCUGGUCCUGCUGCUGCUUCUCCCCUCUGCCUCGGUGCCCCCCGCCACUGCAGCCCCGAUCCGCGAUGCCGACGCCCAGGAGAGCUCCUCGGCUUUUCUAGGCCUCCAGAGCCUACUCCAAGGCUUCACCCGGCUUUUCUUGAAAGAUGACCUGCUACGGGGCAUGGACAGCUUCUUCUCUGCUCCCAUGGACUUCCGGGGCCUCCCUCGGAACUACCACCAAGAAGAGAACCGGGAGCGCCGGAUGGGGAACAACACUCUCUCCAGCCACCUCCAGAUUGACAAGGUGACCAACAACAAGACAGGAGAGGUGCUGAUCUCCGAGAAAGUGGUGGCGUCCAUCGACCCAGGAGAUGGGAGCUUGGAGGGCGACUGGAAGAUACCCAAGAUAGAGGAGAAAGAGGCCCUGGUACCCGUCCCAAAGGCCAUGGACACCUUCCACCCGGAACCCCAUCCCCGAGUGGCCUUCUGGAUCAUGAAGCUGCCGCGGCGAAGGUCCCAUCAGGAUGCUCAGGAGGGCGGCCGCUGGCUUAAUGAGAAGCGACACCGCCUGCAGGCCAUCCGGGACGGGCUCCGCGAAGGAACCCGAGAAGAUGUCCUGGAAGAGGGGGCGCAGGGCUCUUCUCACCCCAAGCUGCCUGCCCGCAAGACCCACUUCCUGUACAUUCUCGGGCCCUCCCAGCAGCUAUAGGGGUGAGGACAUGUAUCCUCCACCCGAAGCACCAUAUGAAAAUAAAGUUUUUUCUUACGUCUAGCAA